UCUCCCUUUGUUGUUGGCGUCGAAUCGUGGGUUCGGAGUAAUGGGUCUACCCAAUUUUGUUAUGAUUGUUUGAUUUCGUUCGGCUGACGUCCGUAGGCCCCUCUGAGCUUCCAAUCCCUUGGGUCUGAAGAGUUUCGAUGGGACCAGUGAGGGGGUUCAAGAAGAGGAGGAGGGUUGAGAAGAAGUUCGAGCGAAACGCCUCUGCAUCUUCGGAACAGGAGGAGCCUGCCGAUUGGUGGGACGAGUUCUCCAAGAGGAUUACUGGGCCCUUGUCUCUAUCAAAAGGUUUGGAUAAUUUUGAGUCUGUCUUCAAGAUCUCAAGAAAGACCUUCAACUACAUCUGUUCACUUGUGAAAGAAGAUUUGACAUCUAAGCCAUCAAAUUUCACUUGUACAAAUGGGAAGCCCCUCUCUAUAAAUGACCAGGUUGCUGUUGCUCUACGAAGGUUAAGCUCUGGUGAGUCACUGGUGACAAUUGGUGAAUCAUUUGGAAUGAAUCAAUCAACUGUUUCUCAAGUUACCUGGAGGUUUGUGGAGGCCAUGGAAGAGAGAGGGCUUCACCACCUCCAAUGGCCUGCCACAGAAGAGGUGAUGACACAGGUAAAAUCCAAGUUUGAAAGGAUCCGAGGCCUCCCAAACUGUUGUGGUGCAAUUGAUACCACUCACAUCAUGAUGUGUUUGCCUACAGUGGACCGCACAAAUGAUAUAUGGUUCGAUCAUGAGAAGAAUCACAGCAUGGUCUUGCAGGCAAUUGUUGAUCCUGAAAUGAGGUUCAGGGACAUUGUCACUGGAUGGCCAGGAAGCAUGAGUGACUCCCUUGUGCUCCGCAGCUCAAGCUUCUUCAAGCUUGGUGAAAAAGGGAAGAGGCUAAAUGGGAAGAAGAUAGAGCUGUCUGAAAGGUCAGAAGUAAAUGAAUACAUAAUUGGAGAUGCAGGGUUCCCCCUUCUGCCCUGGCUUCUCACACCCUAUCAGGGGAAAGAUCUUUCUGAGACCAAGGCCGAGUUUAACAAGCGACACUUUGCAACCAGGAUGGUGGCACAGAGGGCCUUGGCAAGGUUGAAGGAGAUGUGGAGGAUCGUUCAAGGAGUGAUGUGGAGACCUGACAAGCAUAAAUUACCAAGGAUUAUUCUUGUGUGCUGCUUGCUGCACAACAUUGUGAUUGAUCUAGAGGAUGAGGUCCAGGAUGAGAUGCCCUUGUCUCAUCACCAUGACUCUGGUUAUCGGCAGCAGAUCUGCGAAUCAGUUGACAAAAGUUCUUCAAUCCUGAGAGACAAGCUGUCUCUCUACUUGUCUGGAAGACUUCCACCUUGAAACAGAAGCCCAUCUCAGAUGCCCGUUUUCUUCUCUCACGGAGACAGUUUUUUGAUGAUUAUUGGACUGACUGAUCAUGGUUGAAUUGUCUAGUUAGAAUUGUUGAUUUAGUUGUUUUUACAGGAAUACUUGUGACAAGUGUCUUUCACCCGAAGCUACUGAAGGUCAUAUUUCCUGUCUCAAUUCCAGUGUACAGAAUCAAGAUUGGGACAGCAGAUUGCAUAUGCAUCAUUCACAGGUUCAGAAGGCAAUGACUGCAAGAAUGAGGAAAUCCUUCUCCAGAUAAACAUCCUGAACUGCGUCACAGAAUAUCAAGCUUUUUUAAGCAUCUCCAGCAUGAUUUAAGUUGUGAUUUCAUU